AUGGGGCUGGGACCUAGGGUUUGCAAGAGGAUAUGGAAGGUGGGUUUGGUGUUUGCUCUCACUCUCUCCGCCGGUGCCACCACCUUCGCCGACGCUGCUGCUACUAGGGUUCCGAUGUGCCCCGUACCUGCUAUUACAGAUUCGAUCUUUGGGUUUCGAGAUGCCAACUCCGAUUUCGCUAAUUCCCAAUCACUCUCUUCCGCUUGCGUCAACGAGGUGGACGAAGUUCCAUUACAGAAAGCGCUAGACUUGAUAUACAAGGGUGGUCUGGAUUAUGUAGCUGUGCUCUUUUAUGCAGCAUGGUGCCCUUUUUCAAAGGCUUUUAAGCCGAGGUUCCCUGUCUUGGCUUCUCUGUAUCCUUCUAUACCCCAUAUUGCAGUUGAAGAAUUAUCCAUCCGUCCCAGCAUGCUGUCAAAGUAUGGAGUUCACGGCUUCCCUGCUCUGGUGCUUCUGAAUUCUACAAUGCGUGUGAGGUAUCAUGGUUCCCGCACUCUUGGCUCUCUUGUUAAUUUCUACAGUGAUGUAACCGGUAUAACAAUUGCAUUACCUGAUAAAGCAUCUCUAUCAAAGAACUGGCACCCGUCAAACAGUGGAAGGCAUGGCAGCAAUGUCCAGGAAAGCUGCCCAUUUUCCUGGGCUAAGUCCCCAGAAAAAUUGUUUAGGCAGGAGACCUAUUUAGCUCUGGCCACUGCCUUUGUACUCUUCAGACUGCUCUACUUAAUUUUGCCUAGUCUGCUCUCAUUUUCUCAACUUGUUUGGAGGAGGCACCUUCAUUAUCCAAGCUUAGGGAGCAUAUUUGAUCAUCCUCGUGCCUUUCUGAAUGAUGUCGUCCAGGCGUUCAAGUGCCUUGUGGGGCCUUGCAGCAGGAAAACAAACCUGCAAGAGGGAGCCAUGAGUGCUAGAGCAUGGGCGUCAAAGUCGCUUGCCACGGUAUCGAUAGGAGAAGCGAGCACAAGUAGAGCUUCGCAGAUACGGGAAUGCCGCUAA